AUGGCCAACAUCAUCCAGCUCGCUCUGCGCACUGUGCAGUUCCUCAUGGCUCUCCUCAUCAUGUCGCUCAUCGGCAACGCCAUCGCCAUGGGCGCCAACUCGGCCAUCAACGACUACACCAUGUUCUGCGCCGCAUGGGCUAUGCUCUUCCUGUUCUACCUCUUACCGGUAUCGUUCAAGGAGGACAUGGGCAUCCCGAUCGCGACAUUCGCCAUCGAUCUCUUGACCAUGCUGUUCUGGUUCUGCGGCGCCAUCGCACUCGCUGCCGAGCUCCAUGUGCACAGCUGCAACAACCACGAUUACGUCUCGACCAACCACGUCAUCCGUGGUGCCAGCGACCAGAAGGGUGCCUGCCGCGAGGCUCAAGCCAGCACUGCAUUCCUCUGGUUUGGAUGGGCGGCCUUCCUCGUCUCCACCGUCCUCUCUGGCCUCGGCAUGCGCGGUGCUGGUGCUCCACGUAGCAGUGGCAUCCGCCGUGGCCCGGCUAUGAGCCAAGUCUAA